AUGGGGACGUGGUGCCAGCUCCCCAUCCCCAUGUGCCCCUCUGGAGCUCCCCCUCCCCAUGGUCCCCAGCCCCCUGCCAUCCCCCCGGGGUCCAGCUCUGCUGUGAUUUGCUGGGGUCACCCCUCACCCCCUCACCCCGCUGUCCCCACAGCCGCGCUGUCGCCCUUCGCGGUGACGCGGCGCAUCGGGCACCCGUACCAGAACCGGACGCCGCCCAAGCGCAAGAAGCCGCGGACGUCCUUCUCCCGGGUGCAGAUCUGCGAGCUGGAGAAGCGCUUCCACCGGCAGAAGUACCUGGCCUCGGCCGAGCGUGCCACCCUGGCCAAGGCCCUCAAGAUGACGGAUGCCCAGGUCAAGACCUGGUUCCAGAACCGCCGCACCAAGUGGAGGCGUCAGACGGCGGAGGAGCGCGAGGCGGAGCGGCAGCAGGCCAACAGGCUGAUGCUGCACCUGCAGCAGGAGGCUUUCCAGAAGAGCCUGGCGCAGCCGCUGCCGCAGGACCCGCUCUGCAUGCACAACUCCUCGCUCUACGCCCUGCAAAACCUCCAGCCCUGGGCCGAGGACAACAAGGUGACGUCGGUCUCGGGGGUGGCCUCUGUGGUGUGAGGUCCCUGGGUGCUGCUGACGUGCCAGGAGGUGGCAGUGGGAGCCCCCUGGGCUCUGAGCCUGGACCAUGGCAGGGAAGGGGCUGCAGCUUCCUGGGAGCUCCCCACUGGCAGCCCCCUCCCUGCCACGGGGAGCCCCCCAGGACCACCCAGGAGGGAGGCCGUGCCCCUGUGGUUGGACUCAAAGCUUCACCAAACCCCACCUGGAGCACUGCUGGAUGUAGCCCCCUGUGUGGACCCCCAGGAGCCCAGGGCAGGGCCCCCAUGCCCUAUGGACCUCUGCAGCCCCCUGUCUGACCCCCAGGAGCCCAGGGCUGGGCCCCAGCACCCCAUGGAUGUCUGUAGCUCCCUGCUCAGACCCGUGAGAGCCGAUGGCUGGGUCUCUACACCCCACGGACACCUGCAGCUCCCUGCCCGGACCCCUGGGAGCCCAGGGAUGGGCCCCCACACCUGGCAGGGUUCUGCAGCUCCCCCACCAGCACCUCCAUAGGUCACACUGGCUCCAUUUGGACCCCACAGCCUCCAGCCCACCUGGAGCAGGGUGGGGCGUGGACCUCCCAUUCCUGGUGCUGGUGCUGACAGCCGGGUCUGCACCGCCCGCACCACUUGCCUUAUUCCGGUCGGAGUUUGCCACCUCCGGCUUCCAUCUGUGCCCUCCAGGCUGGGUGAAGGACUUGGCCACCCCGGCCUCACCCCGUGGUGGGACAGACAGACCCCCGGCCCCCCAGCCACUGCUCUGUCAGCUCCCUGAGCCUGGACGUGUCCUUGCAGCCCUCCGCCGUGGACUCUCGGGGUGCCCCCCGUGCCGAUGGAUUGCACCAGUCCCUGACUCCCCCGGGACUGCCAUCACCUCCCACAGACUGAGCCUUGGUGUGACCCACAGGACACUCGUGGGGUGCAGAGGGGCUGAAUCCCCCUUCUUCCGGCAAAUCUCUGCACCCCCUCCCCAGUGACCCCCUAAGUGGGGCUUCCCCCCGCCGGAACCAUCCAGCCCGACUCCAGCCCCUGCUGAUGAUGAUGAUGAUGAUGAAGGGAAUGAAGGGGAUGCGGGGGGAUAACAGUGGUGACCUUGACCCUGAACUCGACCUUGCCCCCCACCCCGCUGCUAUCCACGAUACCGCAGCCCCUCACCCCACUUUUGGAGGACAGGCUUCUGCCGGCUCCCCCUCUCUAUUGCUACCGGGAGGAGUCGGACACCCGGUACCGGCGGGAUUGGCUGCGGUUCCGUGACGCGGAGGGGUGGAACCGCAUUACCACCGGGAUGAGUGCGGCCGAGGGCCGGCCCCGGUGCCGGUGGGGCGGCGGCGAGGCGGUGCUUCGUGCCCGUGCUGAGGCCGCCGGUUACCGGAGGCUGCUGCGAGCCCGAGCCGCCGAGGUGGAGGCGUUGCGGGGGGCGGUGGGCGC